CCAGCUGAAAUCAUCACCAAUGGUGUUUUAGUGGUUCAUCCCUGUGUUUGUGUUAAAGGAAAAAUCACCAAUGGAGAAAAUGGAAAAAAAACAGGGAACCAGAUGAUAAAGCUGUCAGUGCCUGGAUCCUAUGAAAAGCAGAUAUGUGCUCCAUUAAAACAGGCACAAACUCAAGAGGAAGGGAUUCCAUUUGUAUUCCAUGCCGACCGUGAUGUCAGCCCUUCUCUAAAUGUUUGCCUACAACGGACUCUACAAUUGGGGCAGAAUGAUUUGGCACCAGAGCUGGACAAACAA